AUGUUUUCCAGCUUCAUCAAUGGAGGCAUUGCUGUUCUUGCCUACGCAAGUUUGGCAACUGCCAUCAGUAGCAGUGCUGGGAGAACUGUCAAUGUCGACGGGACAUUUUACUAUGUGCCUGCGACCGCAGUCUCAAGUCUUGGUGUCUCAUGGAACGAAUUGAAGGUGGCUACGUCUUCUGGGGAUGAUCUGAUCCCGAUGACUGUUAUGUCUGGGGAUUUCAGUACUUUCGAUGCAAGUACAUUAAAUUCGGCAAUCGCUAAUUUCACGGCGGAGGAUGAUGUCUUCAGCCGUGGAUUCUUACAAGCUGUCUAUUUGAUCUCUACAACUCCAUCGGAACUCCAUGCAAAUCUAACCGAUACUCUUUCGACUUAUGGCAACAAGUUAUUUAUGGUGUCUGCGACCAGUAAUUCUUCUGUCUCUACAACAGAUUGCACUGUUGCCAUACCAAAUGGACCUUACUUUGUUUCCGCCUAUACUGGCAGCAUCUACCAAGCAUUCCGUCUUUACUCCGAUUUCGAAGGUGCUUUUACUGAAGGGACCAUUGGGGCCGAAGAAGGAAACUACAGCACACUUUCUGCUUCUAUUCCUGGCGUUCAAUCGCCCACCAUUGGGGUUCCGUCUCGCUUGUAUUACACCAAGACCAAAUCGCAACCACUUGCAGGUGUCCGUGUUGGAAUCAAAGACAUUUACGAUGUAGCUGGCACCAAAAGAGGUUGCGGAAGCCGAGCAUACUAUGAUCUAUACCCUGAAGCCAAUAAGACUGCUUUGGCAGUACAGAGGAUAAUCGAUGCAGGUGGUAUCAUUGUUGGUAAAAUGAAAACUAGUCAAUUCGCUAAUGGAGAGGCUGCAACUGCUGAUUGGGUUGACUAUCACUCUCCUUUCAACCCACGAGGAGAAGGCUACUCGGAUCCUUCUUCCUCCUCUUCCGGUCCAGGAGCUGGUAUUGGGGCUUAUCAAUGGCUUGAUCUAGCAUUAGGAUCUGACACUGGUGGUUCAGUCCGAAACCCCGCUCAAGUAAAUGGCUGUUACGGCAAUCGACCAACUCACGAUCUUGUCGCGCUCACCAAUGUCAUGCCACUAUCACCUCUCAUGGACACAGCCGGAUUUCUCACUCGUGACGCCGACAUCUGGAAAGCAGCAGGAGAAAUCCUCUACACCAGUAACCUAACAACCUUUACCUCCUUCCCCAAAACUCUCUACACAACCGGCUUCCCAGUCAACGCAUCCACCGAAGCAGAAGGCGUCCUCCUCGAUUUCCUCGUCAAACUCGAAGGCUUUCUCAACACCACCUCCUCAGUCCUCGACUACGAUACCAUGUGGUCCACCUCCGCCCAAGCAAACUCCACAUCCGCACCCGACCUCUCCUCUCUCCUCGCCCUCACCUACCCAACAUUAAUAACCAAACAACAAUGGGAACUUCUUGGCGCACCUUUCCUCGCUGACUACGCCGCCGCCAACGACGGACGCACGCCUUUCAUCGACCCUGUUCCCGAAUUCCGCUGGGGUUACGGAAAAUCUAAGAACACCACUUUAGAAGAUGGUAUCCAGAAUAAAACGAUCUUCAAGGACUGGUGGAAUGAAUCGGUCAUGCCUAAGAACGCGGAGACCUGUUCCGAGAACCUCUUGCUCUACCCUGGAACACUAGCGACGCCGAAUUAUCGAAACGUGUAUUUAGAUCCUCCUUCCUUGCCCGCUGGAUGGGGUGUCUAUAACAUCGCCAUCUUUGCAGGCGUGCCCGAUAUGGUUGUACCUGUCGGCCAAGCCCCCUACAACUCCACCAUCUCAAACCACAUCGAGUACCUACCCGUCGCCGUCGACAUCAUCGCGGCGCCCGGCUGCGACGCCGUGAUCUUCGAGCUGGCGAGCCAGUUGCAGGCUGCGGGGAUCACGAGGGCGCCGAAGGCGGGGAGUACGAUGUAUAGACGGGAUGUUGGGGGGAGGUUGGAAUAG